GCCGUUUGUCAUUUUAUUAGUUCCGACGUUUCGACAUUUGAUUGUAUUUAUCAAGGGACUGUAAAAUAGCAGAAACAAAAUUGGUUUGAUGAAAUGAACUAUACCAUUUUUUUCAAUUAAGCAUAGACGAAAUUCAUUUUUGUUCCAUUUUUGUAACUUCCCGCCACAGUCAUAAAAAUAUGUGCAUCAAUGUUAUAUGUAUAAAACGGCCAAAUAAUGUUUAUAUAAUCGGUGGCGCCAAUAUGCAAAUAAACAUAUCAUCGACGCAAAUGACAAUCAGAAUCAGUCAAUCAAGAACAGUGUCAAUCGAACACCGAUCACUUCGUGCUUGCAUAUACUUCAACUUCAAUUAAUAAUAAAACACAAUUAUUUUGAGUCUACAAAUUCGAUUCAAUUAUCAAACAAUUUCUAAUGCAUUCCGAACAGUUUAUUGUCCAUCAUCAACAACGUGAUUACAAAUGGUUUUAAUAUACAUUGUGUACCACUAGCAGCAAAGAAAGCGUAUACUUAUUUCAAUAAAAAAAAAUGGAGCGCUCAAAAUUAGAUAAAUUGGAAAAUUAUGAUGUAAAGAAAUUUUUGGGUGAAGGUACAUAUGGAAAAGUCUAUUUGGUGUGUAGCAAAGGAACGAAUUCAACCAAUCAAACCAACCGAUUUGCAUUAAAAGUAAUGAACAAAAAACGCAUGCUCAGCGCAGGAUUGGAAGUAUGUGUUCGCCGUGAAAUUGAAAUUCAAUCACAUCUGCAUCAUCCAAACAUUGUACGAUGCUUUAAUUUCUUUCACGAUCUUCACAAUCUCUACUUGGUUUUGGAAUACAUGGAAACAACGCUUCAUAACGAAUUGCUACAACUAACGUAUCAUCGUUUCAGUGAAAAAAGAUCAGCAUCAAUAAUGUGCUCUGUGUCUAGUGCAGUGGCAUACAUGCACGCAUUGGGUGUAAUUCAUCGCGACAUUAAACCGGAGAAUAUCUUGGUAAAUUCAGAUGGGCAUGUAAAACUGGCGGAUUUCGGAAUGGCUAUUAUCACGUGUAAUGAAAAGCGGAAAACAUUUUGUGGAUCAAAAGAUUAUAUUGCACCAGAAAUAUUUCAACGGACACCGUAUUCGAUACAUGUUGAUUUAUGGAGCAUGGGCAUCCUUUGCCAUGAACUACUCACCGGUAAAAGACCAGAUACACAAAAUGGCAUCAGAAUCUCCCUUUCGAUUUCAAAUCCGGCAAAAGAGCUGAUUAGAUCAUUGCUACAAGAGAAUCCAAAUCGUCGUAUGUUAGCGUCAGCAAUUAACAAACAUCCAUGGAUUUUGUCACACGUAAAAUAGAAAAAAAACAAAUCAAAUUUUUUGUCAAAUGAAUGUUAUAUUGUGUUAUUAUGAACCGAAUUCUUUGUGAUAGUAAUUGUCGGCGAAAUGCCAUUUUAUCGACCGUAAUUUUAAGUUUUAAGAUAUUUGAAUGAAAUUAAAUUAAAUGAAAGUAUUCCGCAUUAUUUAAUGCCCCAAUCUUAUGUGAAAAAAUGAAUUGUAUAUUGUUGUCAUCAUAACCCUAAAAUGUAA